UCCACUGCUGACCCCCAGCUCCACAGGAUCCCUGCCCUGUCCCUGCAGGUCCUCCAACGGCUCGUGCCGUGGACUGCUGGCUUUCCCCCCGCACUCAGCAUGCCCUUUUCUGGUGCAGCCAGGCCCUCCCAGGAAUCACUCUGGAGCUCGAGGCCAUCCUGCAGGGAAAUGGAGUCCAAGGUGUCCGAAGGCGGCCUCAACGUCACCCUGACCAUCCGGCUGCUGAUGCACGGCAAGGAAGUUGGAAGCAUCAUUGGGAAGAAAGGAGAGACAGUGAAGAAGAUGCGUGAGGAGAGCGGGGCAAGGAUCAACAUCUCGGAGGGAAACUGCCCUGAGCGGAUUGUGACCAUCACUGGCCCCACCGAYGCCAUCUUCAAGGCUUUUGCCAUGAUUGCCUACAAAUUCGAGGAGGACAUCACCAACUCCAUGAGCAACAGCACUGCCACCAGCAAACCGCCGGUGACACUGAGGCUGGUGGUGCCAGCGAGCCAGUGCGGCUCCCUGAUCGGCAAGGGGGGCUCCAAGAUCAAGGAGAUCCGAGAGUCCACAGGUGCUCAGGUGCAAGUGGCGGGGGACAUGCUGCCCAACUCCACGGAGCGGGCGGUGACAAUCUCGGGGACACCCGAUGCAAUUAUCCAGUGUGUCAAACAGAUCUGUGUGGUGAUGCUGGAGUCCCCACCAAAAGGUGCCACCAUUCCCUACCGCCCAAAGCCCGCCUCCACCCCUGUCAUUUUUGCAGGUGGUCAGGCCUAUACAAUUCAGGGACAAUACGCUAUUCCACACCCGGAUCAGUUGACCAAGCUCCACCAGUUGGCUAUGCAGCAAACCCCCUUUACUCCCCUUGGACAGACCACCCCCGCUUUCCCUGGAGAAAAGCUGCCCUUACAUUCCUCCGAAGAAGCUCAAAAUCUGAUGGGCCAGUCAUCAGGUUUGGAUGCCAGUCCCCCGGCCAGUACUCAUGAACUCACCAUUCCCAAUGAUCUAAUAGGCUGCAUAAUCGGACGCCAAGGGACCAAAAUCAAUGAAAUUCGGCAGAUGUCGGGAGCGCAGAUCAAAAUCGCCAACGCCACRGAAGGGUCAUCGGAGCGCCAAAUUACCAUCACAGGAACCCCUGCAAACAUCAGCCUUGCGCAGUACCUCAUCAACGCCAGGCUGACGUCUGAGGUCACUGGAAUGGGCGCACUCUAAUUUCCACCCACCAUCCUCCACUCCGCACCACCCGACCCUCUCCAGCCACCGGCACUCCACCCAGCCUGUACUGCCUGUACUUUUACCGUCUUCCCUUUGCCUCCACAGAUACUCUUUUCUUUACUGACGGAUAUAUAGAUAUAUAUAUACGAACACACACGGGCAUAUGCACACACUGGAACGUUUCUUUACGAGCUCUUUAAUCUGUGCUCCCGAGGCUGCUCCCAAGCUCUUUGGUUAUGGUCCUUGUUUUCAGCGUUACGGUGUUAAUUCUUCAUCUGCUUUUUGGGGACGAGGGAGGGGGGAGGGGGGCGCCGGUUUUUUUCUCUCACUGGCGAGACUCCAGGCGCUGACGGGGUCUCUAGUGUCAGUCUAGCGUAGCUACCUACACGUUUGAGUUGACCUUGGCGGUACUUUCUGUAGCCUAUGGACAUGCGUGAUGCCACCCAGAGCUGUGCGUGCUUCAAAUGACUCAACUUCUCUCACCCUCCUCCCUUUGGUGCUCCCUCUCGCUUGUCCUGGCUCACCUUUGCCACCUCACGCCCCCGCCCUCGGGGUAAGGGUGUGGUUUCCACCCCCUGUUAUUUGGGAAGGGUCCACCCGCAGGGCUUCUUUCUUGGAACAUGGCACGGUCCAGACAAGCCCUUUCCCUUCUGAACUAAAGGAACUACACACACACACACACACACACACACACACACACACACACACACACAAAUGCUCCUUUUUCUUAAACUAACGAGCACCUGGAAAUGGGCAGAACUCAGCUCUAUGGGAUUCACACCCCCAGGGGCCUUUGCAAGCACUCUUUUGGCAAUCCCCAUGAGCAAACCCUUUGGACGAUAGCUCAGGAAGCUCUGUGAGCCGGCUGUGUUUGUCGUUGUUUGUGUUCAAUAAAUGUCUGUGCAGCUCUGGUACYGAUGGGCUCCGACUGUUUUUCUCCUGGGUUGCCCCGACAAUUCUGGCCCCGUCCUUCCCUGUGCAUCCUUCCACACCUUUUUAGCUGCUUGGAGGGAAGGU